CACUAUUUGAUUUUGGAAUCAAAAUUAAUUUGCUUUACACUGGCAGUAUCAUGUAACAAAGAAGAACAAAAGAAAAAAUCGAAGCAAACCCAAGCCCUUCGACUAGUCAAACACCUUUGGCAGCAGGUUAGACAACGACAGCCCUCCGAGAUUUCAGAUCUGAUCAGAAGACCUUCUCCACUUCUCCUUGUUGCAGCAGAAUUAGGAAACACCGUCUUCUUAACAGAGCUUGUUGGCUCCUAUCCUGAUCUCAUAUGGGAAGCAGACAAUGACAACAGAACUAUAUUUCACAUUGCGGUUUUACAUCGCCGUGAGAGUAUCUUCAAUCUUAUAUAUGAGAUAGGCUCAAUGAAGGAUUUGAUUGUGCCAUAUAAAGAUGAUAAUGAUAACAACAUGUUGCAUUUGGCUGGACGAAAGGCACCCCUACCUCAACGCAAUAUUGUAUCCGGAGCAGCUCUUCAAAUGCAGCGAGAGCUAUUAUGGUUUAAGGAGGUGGAGAAGAUCAUGCUGCCUACAUACAGAGAAAGGAAAAACAAAGAUGGUAAAACACCCCGGGAUUUGUUCACCAAGGAGCACAAAAAUUUAAUGAAGGAUGGAGAGAAGUGGAUGAGAGGAACAGCUGCUCAAUCUAUGCUUGUUGCAACGCUUAUAGCCACUGUUGUGUUUGCUGCUGCCUUCACUGUACCAGGUGGUAGCAAUCAGGAUACCGGCAUUCCUAUUUUGUUGAGAAAGAAAUCCUUCAUGAUAUUUGCAGUAUCGGAUGCAAUAGCGUUAUUUUCCUCUUCAACUUCAAUACUAGUGUUCUUAUCUAUCUUAACCUCACGCUACGCAGAAGACGAUUUUCUCGAGUCAUUACCCUCCAGGUUGAUGUUUGGACUCAUAACACUUUUCGUUUCUAUCAUAUCCAUGAUGGUAACUUUUACCAUUACCUUUUUCCUAGUUUUCGGUCAUGGAUUUGCAUGGGCCCCUAUGCUUAUUGCAGUAUCUGCUUGUGUGCCAGUCACACUCUAUUUUUCACUGCAAUAUCCCCUUUUGGCAGAUAUAUUUCGCUCUACAUAUGGCUCUAGGUUUCUCUUUCGACCCAGUAAGCGUAUGCUCUACUAGUGAAGUUCAAAUUUUGCAGUGAGAAACUUUAAUGGUUAAACAACUUUUCCAUUCUA